AUGAAGAGAGGAACCAAGUGUAUCGCGCAAACCAUUAAUCUGUCCAAUCCGAAAACAUGCGUGAAGCCGAAGGUUCAGAAACUCGUCAGUGCAGAUGCGGAUUCUUGCUCCGAUUCUAAUCAAACGACCGAUUACUGGACCGCUAGACCGGUAGCAGUUAAAGUUUGCUCGCGGAAAGAUAUGCAAGGAAAAUGCCCACCAAAGCUUUGCAAAACAGUCCGUCCCGAGAAGCCGCUUUCAAGCGGCGAACGAUUUUGCGGGAUCGCGACGUGCCUUUUGAAAGGCACUAUCGCCGCCGGUCUUAUUUAUUGGACCUGGGCGGAGGGUCUUUGGGGCGACAGUACCGAAACGGAGGAUCUGUAUUACAGAAUAAUAAGCACGUUUUCUCCUAAUGAUCAACCGGUAAAUAAAAACGUACAGCUACCACAUCUGGAGGGAAUAAGAUACUCUAUGUCAGAAGCAUACAAUCGCGCGCUGGUGAAAUGCAUGGAUAUUAUCGUCGGUGUGCCACUGGAGAUGCAUCGAAAGCUGCGAGAUCUCUUAUUCCCGUGCGAUGUAACCAGAGGAACGGAAGAAGCGCACGCGAAGCACAUCUCUGACGAGAACUCGGCGCAGAUAUGA